AUGAAUGUAAGAAAAAGCAUCUUAAAUUAUUUAAUUCUGCAUAGCAGCAUCGUCCGGAGGAACCAUCACAAGAGCUAUCACAAGGAAUGCAGGCAGCGCGGCAGCCCCAACGGAAUGGAAAAAAACAGCAAAAUGAAAAGCGUUAGGCCCAACUAUUUUGUUUGCAUCCCCCUGUCAGGCAACAAAGCGUUAGUGGAAGAAUUGCUCAAAGUGCAAAACCACGUCGCUUCGAAAUUUGAAAUGCUCAAAGAAUGUGCAAUUGAGAGAAACAAGUUUCACAUAUCUCUCCUCAUAUUACACGUGAAGAAGUCCCAAAUGGAGUCUUCCAAGGAGGCCUUCCACGAAGCCAUGGAGGAAAUUAAAAAGCUCAACCAUCAAGCCAUUUCGUUCGACACACUGGAAACGUUUCGAAACGACGUUUUGUAUGCAGCGCUGCAGGAGGGCAGCAGGAAUGCAGCCAACCCGAUCGGAAAGAGUGCAGCCAACCCGAUCGGAAAGAGUGCAGCCAACCCGAUCGGAAAGAGUGCAGCCAACCCGAUCGGAAAGAGUGCAGCCAACCCGAUCGGAAAGAGUGCAGCCAACCCGAUCGACAAAAGUGCAGCCAACCCGAUCGACAAAAGUGCAGCCAACCCGAUCGACAAAAGUGCAGCCAGCCCCAGCACACACCAACGCGGCGACAAAGAAGAAAUAACCCCCCACAUGACCAUCAUGAAAAACUCCUACCUGAGAAAAAUCUACGCCAACAGGAAGCCCCAGAUUUUCCCCGACUAUUACGCCGACUUCAACUUGUCCAAACUGCAAAAUGAGCGGGUCCUACCCAACAAAAUACAGUUCCUCGAAAUGGACACGGACUCGGCAACGUCGUACUAUAGAAUCAUCGCUGAAUGUGGCCUUCCUUAA